UCCCAUCAUUGCUGCUUUCAUUAAAAGCUUUACAAACGUUAUUAUUAUUUUUUUGGCGAUUGGACUCACUGAAAUGUACAAAGCUAUGAAUGAACAUGUUUCUGAUUUGAUUAAAUCAAAUUGUCAACCAAUCAAUUGGUCUCGACUCAAAAUACAUUAUGAAAUGUUGAGUGAUCUUGUCAGAGAAACAGAUCGUGUUAUUUCACCGCUCAUUUUAUUAUCCAUUGGCAGUAAUAUUUAUUUCAUCUGCAUGUACCUUUUAGGUGGAUUAAUUCCAGAACAUGAUGGAAUAUUGAAUGCCAUACACUUUUUUGGAUGGUUUGGAUUAUUAGUUAUUAAAACAGUUGCAGUUAUUCUAUUUGCAGCCAGAAUCAAUGACGAGAGUAAAAAACCAAUAUUAUUACUUUCAAAAUGUCCAGUACAAGGUCCUUCAUUUGAACCUCAGUGGUUACAACUUCAAUUAUCGAUUGACGAAGUUGCACUCACAGCAAUGAAAUUUUUUCAAUUUGAAAAUUUCUGA